AUGAGUUCACGUGUCGAUCAGCCUUUUGUUCUCGCCGGCACAGUCACGCGGAAUGCAGAAUACGAGUUUUCUGACUUCAAGAACAAAAAUGGAGAUGUUUCUCUUCGAACAGUCAUUUGCCACUAUCUAAAUGCUCCUCACGCUCGCAAGGUGCCGGCUCAGCUGGUAUAUCACAUCUUGGGACGCCUACGCUGCUUGCAACACGCAAUUGAGAAUUACAAUUCGGGUCUGGCCACCGGCUCGCCUGAUUUCCUUCUCUACUGGCAACCCCACACUCUAGAUCUACUCUCUGGCUUCGGCUUUCGCCCUGGCCCCGAUCAAGCACCGCUCUGUAUCCAAGGUCUCGCAGAGCUAAUUAGCAGUUUGGAAAAGCUCUAUGCGACUGAUAUAUCUGAUCACCAGACAAUGAUCCAGACUGAUUCUCUCACUUUCGACUGUCUGAGUGAAGUUUUCCGACCUGAAAUUCCUGUGAAGGGUGGGACCGGAGCGGGAAAUUCCACGUGCGUUUAUCGUGUAACUGAUUCUUUCUAUACCGAACGAAAGAACAUUCACGGUGUUCAAAGGAACUUUCAAGUUUCUAUGGAGUGCAUCGUACUCGUUGGUGAACAUUUUUCGGUCGCCAGUUUUACAGAAUCGUUCCCGGCGUGGAGCGGAAAUCUCCGCCGCAAACUGAGUGAAAUAAUGUACCGGCCCAUUAGCUCUGGCGAGCGAGAACAGUUUCAGCUCAGGGGCGAGCGUUAUGUGCAGUUUGGACUUGAUGGUGCGAAAUAUUUGGCAUAUGCUCCUAACAUGUUCUUUCCUCGACUCGGUCGAUCAAGGGGGAAGCUUUCUUCUCUCUCAAAAGCACACGAAAGCUCUUCUUCUUUGAGUGGUGGGCGGAUAAUGGUGGAUAUGAGUCGCGGUGCUGCUUUGGGGUAUUUUCCCUGCCUUGGCGUGGAUGAGGUAUCUCUAUCGAUCAUUGGUCUUGUCGGUCGGUAUAGACAGUGGCUGUCAAAGCGUUCACAAUCGGGGGCAACAGACUCCGAGCUCUUCACUGCUUGGGAAACAGUUCCUUCGCAGUUCAGGAUAUUUUGCUGGCCGGCUUUGGUCGGUUUCAGCUUCACGACGAAGGCCUGGGGCCAUGUUCUGGUCGAAGGUCUUUCACAAAUCGAUUUCUUCGAUCAGGCGUUUGAUCAUUUAGUCUUGUCAGAGGAACGCAAACAGAUUAUAUCGGCUGUAGUCCGACAAGGCAGCAUACCCCAGAAAGAAGACUUGAUCAGAAGCAAACAAGGGGGGUCUUAUCUUCCUGCUCCAUGGGCCCCCCUGGAGUUGGCAAAACAUUAA